AUGGAACGGCAGAAGGGUGAAAGAUGCGGUAUCGAUAACUGUCGAUCACGAUUUUACCAUCUCGCCGACGGGCAGUGGACCUGUAGUAACGGUCAUGUUCAGGAAGGACGUCUUGAUAUUCGUGAAGAUGAGGAGUAUCAACCUCGGAAGGGUGAUAGGUUGGUAAUUGAACGGGAUGAUUCGCAGGCUGUAGAGGAGAAAGUCUUUACUGGAAAAAAGGGACUUUCACUAUUCCUUCAAGCCUUCCAGUUUAUCCUCCGAAAACAGGUGGCUUGGCUUAUCGACGAACAGAAGUUUCCAAAGGAGUUUCAGCUCAUUGUCCGUGAUCUAUGGACUCUACGACUAGAAUCAAUUUAUUCUGAACGUUCUUCUCGAGCUCCCUCUGCUAGUUCGGGGUAUACCUCCGCCGCCGAAUCAUUAGCUUCGACAGGUUCCCAAGCCUACCCAUCAGACCCCGAAACUGCAUCCCAAAGAUCCACCACCCCUCUCUCCCGGCCGCAUUCUAGAACCACCACUCGCUCUCGGUCUACCUCCCGCGGCCGAAAUGCCUUCUCAAAACCCAAAGAAACGAUUCCGAAACUCCUUGAUACGAUUUCAAUACUCUACAUCGCAGCAUCACUCAUCAAUCUACCACUAGAGAUUACUACGGUGCAUAGAUGGAUUCUAGAGCAGGAUAUUGUAUACUUUAGGGCGAUAAAAUGGUUACCCGUUGAUAUGGUUGGGAAGAUGGAGGUUAAAUGGAAAAGAAAGUUUGAGCCGAAGGUUAUGCCCACGGCGGAGGGGGUUAGGAAGGGGAUAUUUUUGGGGGUUAGGUAUUAUUUUGAACGGUUUGGGGUUGUUGUUCCUAGAAUUGCGGCGGAGAGGUUAGUGGGGGGGUGGAUUUUGGGGUUUGGGUGUCCUCCCGAGAUCUACCCAGCGAUAUUUAUAUUGGCGGAAAUGAUACAAUCGUCUUUAGUAUACCCCGCCGCAGCAAAGAAUUACAGACUACUAAACUGCCCGGAUAUUCAACUUAUGGCCCUACUCGUUAUUUCUUUAAAGUUAUGUUGGGGUUUGGAUGACGAUGACCCGGGGGUUCUGAGGUACAUGAAGACCGAUAAGAAAGGAAGGGUUUUACCGCGGUUUGCUAGCAAAGAGUGGGAAAUUGCCAAUAUGGGGGUUGAUUGGGAAGAGUGGAAGGGUAUCUUUGAGAUGGAGGAAAGGAAGAAGGAGAAAAAGGAGAAAGAGAGGAAUUGGCAGUUGAGGGUUGAGGAGGCAGAUAUCUAUGGGUGGAGUGGGGAGGAGAUGGAUGAAUAUCUUGGGUGGUUUGAGAAGAAUUGGGCUGGUGAGAUUGAGGGGAAGCCGACGGCUGGGGUGAUAAGGUUGUUUGAAGGAGCAUCAGGUGAAGGUACCAAUCCUGAAGGAAAAGAAGGAGAAGUAGAAGGAGAAGGGCAAAGCGAAGAAGACGAUCAAGAAGAAGACGAUGAAAGAAAUACCCCUCUUCACAAAAAACUCCGGGCGUUCAUCAAGUCCCAAUCCAACAUCAAAUUCGGCAAAGUCAUCCCCGCAGGCAGAAAAAGAGGAAGAAUUCUAAGACCCGGUGAGAAAUACAUGAGAUAUAAAAAGUGGGAAGAUAUUAAGUCUGUCAAACUUAGGAGUUUGUAUUUGGCGGCAGCUGAAAGGGUGGGUGUGGGGAUUGAAGGGUUUGUGUAUGUAGUGCAGAAAUUGGAACAUAGAUUGGGACAGGUUAGUAAAGGGAAGGAGCCCAAGAGGGAAGUUAGCGAUGAGGAAGGGGAGGAUGAUGAAGAAGAUAUGAAUCCUGGAGGGGACCUGUUAGGGGACUUGAGGGGGGUGUUAGAGGAGGAGGAGGAGAGUGAAGAUGAGGAUUUAGAGCUGUUGCUUGAGUGA